AUGUUAGAAAAGAAUUUCCAUCUUAUAGCAUAUCAAGACAAAAAAAUAGCCGACACUGUACUUCAUUUACAAGGACAAGCGGUUACUCAACGUGGACAGAAGUUCCAAACACCGGCAGUGGUUAAUGAUGAAAAAAUUGAACGUGAAAUUGAGGAGUUAUAUGGGAAAAAAGAUGCUCCAAUGUUUGAAUUCGAUGAUCAGUUGACAGAUCCCGAUGAAGAGGAUGACGAAGGCAUCUAA